AAGACAAAGACAGUCUCUGACAGGAAGCGUCCCACUAAGGGAACAGCACGCAGAGCUCACUUAGUCUCUGGGUCCUGUUUGCAGCACUUUCGCCGUCCACCCGGAGGCAGGACUGCGUGGGGCGCUGGGCGUGCUCCGUACUCCCCUUUCUUCUUCUUUGCCUGGAGCCGUUCCCUGGAACAUUCGACCUCUCAGGCCACCGGGACCAACUUAACAGCCGGGCUUCCCGCUGCGCCGGCCGCCUGCGCUCACCGCCAGCACCCCACCCCCCGUGCAUACCUUGCCAAAGCUUCCAAGCACCGCGAGCCGCAGCGCCCUGCUAGAAGACAAUGGAAGGGCUUCAGAAGAGCAGCUAUGGAACUAUGACUGAAGGCAGAUUAGACGAUAACUACUUUGUAUCGUCCUCAGUGAGGAUCAUCCUGAUGGGCAGGUCCGGCAGCGGGAAGAGUGCCACGGGGAACACCAUCCUCGGCCAGACAGUAUUUGAGUCCAAGCUGGGGGCCCAGGCCGUGACCAGGACAUGCCGCAGGGCGACAGGCACGUGGAAAGGGAGGAAAAUCCUGGUGGUGGACACGCCCCCCUUCUUUGAGGCAAAUGCCCAGACCCAAGAUAUGUACAGGGACAUCGGGGACUGUUACCUGUUCUCGGCCCCGGGGCCCCAUGUCCUGCUGCUGGUGACGCAGCUGGGACGCUUCACUGCCCAGGACACGAUGGCAGUGAGGAGGCUGAAGGAGAUCUUUGGGGCAGGAGCCAUGAGACACGUGAUCGUGCUCUUCACCCACAAGGAGGACUUAGAGGGAGGUUCCUUGGAUGACUACGUGGCCAACACCGACAACUGCAGCCUGCGGGGCCUGGUCCACGAGUGCGGGCGGAGGUACUGUGCCUUCAACAACGAGGCCACCAGCGACCAGCAGGGGGAGCAGCUGGCGGAGCUGAUGGCUGUGGUGGAGAGUCUGGAGACGGAACACAAGGGCGCCUGCUACAAAAACGAGCUCUUCUAUGAGGCGCAGUUGUUCCUGGAAACUGUGGGGGACACCCGUGGGGAAGGCCACAGGCGGUACCUGGCCCAGGUGCAAUCGCAGGUGGAAAAGCACAAGCGAGACCUGAAGGGGAUCGGGAGCCACUGGGUGUUCCAGGGGCUCCGCAGGGUCCACGAGUGGAUGAUUUCUCACCUUUGCUUAUCUGCUUUUGUUCUUAUAUGCCUGUUGAUUUUUCUCGCAGUUUUAAUUAACCUCUGCAUAACUCAGAGAUUCUGAGCCUUUUCAGAUGAUUGCUAAAUCAGCUGUUUUUUUCAGACUCACCGUCUCUGUCUGUUUAUAAGGCACUUUAUUUGCUUUUUACCUCAUUCCACUUGCAAUUUCUCUUCCUUACGUGAGACAUGCCAUCCGUGUUCUUCAAGUGCUUCUAGAUAAAUAAAAUCCAAGG